CAUCCGGAACUAACUCGUGACUUUCGGCUGUUUUCGCUGUAGCCGCUUCAGCGCCGCUUGGUGUUUUUCGCCAUGGGGUCUUGAAGAUAAACGCCGCUCUGCCGAACAACAAACACCAACAUUUCCCUGAGCACCACCCGAAGACCGAGCACACACACACUGAGCUCCGAGAGACGAGAUGUGGCGAGUACAAGGACUGCUGGGCAGAGCGUUGAGCCGUUGUCAUGGGAACGGACCGCUGCGUCUCUCGAACGGUCACCACGUAGAGGAUGAGGUCAUUAGCUCCUCAACGGUCCUGUCCACCAGCCGCCACACCUCGGACAGCAGCUCUCAAAGAGGCGAGGAUGGAGAACAGAAUAAGAAGAAGAAAAGAACGUCUCAGUUUUGUUAUGCUGGUCUGGCACGAUAUUCAGCGCUGGAUGCAGUGGGCUGGGGUGCUGCGGCGGUUCUGUUCAUGCAUGUCUGCAGGAGGAUCCACUCUCAGUUCUCGUCUGUGGGCGAGCAGAGCGCAGGACCACCACGCCUCAGAAAGCCUGGCCUCAUCCACAAAUGCACCUACAGGAUUCUGCUCGACAUAUUGUCCAGGCGUGAUAUGUUGCCCAGAGGAGUGAGUGUGAUGUGUCUGAAGGGGGCACUGACGAGCCCAGAUCAGAGUGACAGCAGUGGGGGGAGCAGCAGCACUAACGCAGAGCCUGUCCCUGACCUGCACACUGCACAGACCUCCUCCCAGCAGACGGAGACACUCAGCCACAACAGCAGAGAAGAAACUUCCCCCGUUGUGACGGGAGCAGCAGCUGCUAGCCAUGAGCAGCCACAAGAAAACCACAAAUCACGCUCUGUGGACGAGGCUGUGCAGAAUCUGAGAGAUGUGGCAGACAACAGCGUUCCUAUAAUCCUCAACAUCAUCGGUCUGGAGAGCGCUAAAGCAGGUGAUUAUGAGGCAGCGUUUGAAUGUUUUCUGGCCUCGGCCCAGCAGGACUACAGCAAAGCUCAGUUUAACGCGGGUGUGUGUUAUGAGAGAGGCCGUGGAGUCAGUAAAGACCUCAGUAAGGCGUUGCAGUAUUACAGAUGUGCAGCAGCAGCGGGUCACAGACAGGCUCAGUACCGCUGUGCUAAACUCCUCUUGAACAGCCGGGGGCAGCAGAGCGCCACAGAUGCAGACACUGCUACCGCUCUCUCUCUGCUGCACAAAGCAGCAGCCGCUGGACUCACUGAGGCUCAGCUGUACCUGGGCGUGUUAUGUUCUCAGAACGCAGACGCUGAUGGAGGAAAGUCUGCACAGUACUUCAGAAUGGCAGCAGAGCGCGGAGACAGUACCGGACUGCUGUUUCUGGGUCAGUGCUAUGAGAGAGGGUUUGGGGUUCCACGGGGCUACAGAACUGCAGUGAGUCUGUAUCAGCAGGCAGCAGCAAAAGGAAACCAGGAGGCCAAGAAAAUGCUCAGAGACCUGCACAACAGGGAGGUCCUGCGCUCUAUCCGUUCCGCUCCUUGUCUCUCCCUUCUGGAUCAGCUGCAUCUGAGUGCCAUGUUUUCCCCAGUGUCGCAAGAGGCGGAGUCUGGCCCAAAGCAUCCUGACUGGCCCACUCAGCCUCUUCCUCAUUCAUGGAGCACCGGAAAUCUGAUAUCCCCGUCUGCAUUCUCUGCUCAGACACUGAACGCUAAUAGCAAAAGUGGAGGCUGGAUUAUAGGGGUGGGAUAAAACAUACACAUACAUGUAGAUACAUCCUCAAAUUAUACAAAAACACUUAAACAUACAGAAGCAGGACCCGUAUCAUACGUUUUUUUACCCCUUGAGAUCCACUUAUAACAUUUGUGAGGUGUCAUGCACCAAAAAUGGUCAUAAUUCACUUUUCAUGACCAUUUUCUAACCUCUCUCUAUCUCUUCGGAUUAAACAGGCUGUUUUUGUUACUGUGCCUUUAAGAUUGAUGUAAGAUAAACAAGCUCUGUUCCGUAUUGCGCCUCAUUCAGAAAGCACUCCGAGCUGAAACACUCUUUCUAGCUUCAGUGUGAAUGGGCGAGGCUAAACUGUUGUAACCUGAAUAGGAAGAUAUAUGAUUAGUUGGUUAUUGUGUUAUCGCAGAAACAGUUAACUCAAAGCGGUACAUUUGCUACAUAAUUUUCAUAUAUGUUCAAUUUGAAACCAAUGUUUACACAUUACUUUGAACACCUUUAUUUCAAAAGAGCAAAGUCAGUCUUUUUUUUUUCUAUGAUUAUGGGCCCUUUAAAACAAGCUGCUUCUCAACCCAGAAAAGGCAGUAUUGAGCAGAACAGUGUAAAAAAAUUCACUGGCCAGAAAUGCCUUCACUCCACAUCCUCGCCCUCUUGGCUUUUGAAAAUAUAUUUUUGCCAUUGACUUUGACCUACAGAUGCUUGUUAGUGCCACCUUGUGGAUAUAAACUUCAUAUAAACACAACCAGAAAUACAUACAUAUUUUUGAUCACUGAAAGAUUAUGAGUGCACAAGGACAAAUAGACUUUCUCUGUAGCCCUGAUAAUUUGGGUUUAUAAGGAUGGAGCUUUUAUCCGACAGUGGAAUGUUCUCAGCCAAUCAGGGAAAAGCUUGAGAGUUUUGAAUGUAGAGAGAGACACAUUGAGUGAGCGAGAGUAUUGAGUUUAAUGUUGUUUCUAAGAAUGAAUGUAUCAUUUGUUUUAUCAUUUUAAACACACACUACAUGGCCAAAAGUAUGUGGACACCUGACCAUCACACCUGUAUGGGCUUGCUGGACAUUGUGUUCCAAAACCAUGGGCUUUAAUAUGGAGUCAUUAUCCCUCCCCCACCAAACUUUACUGUUGGCACUGUCCAUUCUGGUAGGUAGCGUUCUCCUGUUUCACAAUACUUACUGUUGACCAGGGCAGGUCUAGCAAGGCAGCCAUUUCACAAACUGACUUGUGGUAAAGGUGGCAUCCUAUGACAGUGCCAUGUUUAAAGUCACUGAGCUCUGCAGUACAACCCAUUCUACUACCAUUGUUAAUGGAGACUGCAUGACUGCUCUUGAUUUUAUACACCUGUUAGCAGUUGGUGUGGAAUGCAAUAAUUCUCACAAAUUAAGAGCUCAAUAAUUAGGUGGAGUGUCCACAUAUUUUUGGCCACAUAGUGUAUAAGGGAAAAGGGAAGCCCUCCGUUGCAUGUUUGAUGUAUUAGUAUGCGUGGUGUAAUUUUUUUGUUCGGAAUUACAGUGUCAGUUUGAGGCGUUUUUGUAUGGGAUUACAGUGUCAGUUUGAGGCGUUUUGUAUGGAAUUACAGUGUCAGUUUGAGCUUGUUUGUAUGGAAUUAUAGUGUCAGUCUGCAUGUUUUUGUGGAAGAGCUGAUGAGUAUUUUUCUUCAUUUUGCCAGUGAGCCAUUUCAAGGGAGCUGCCUUUUGGCCACCUGUUUCAAAACUGGUUUUAACAAGCCCUCGUCCACUUGGCCUCACCAUUUCUCUUUGGGGGGGAUCCCCAGUGCCAUCUUGAGGGCCAUUCUAUUAGUUUAUUAGCUUGAGUGAAGGGUGUUAGACGAGCCUCGAAUAGAUGAGUAUUUAAUUCAGAAACAGUACGUGCCCAGAAAUCACUGUGAUUUGGCACUUUUCUUUUUUUAAAGUUGAUGAUGCAAUGCAUAUGCUUUACUCUGCUAAGCUAUUUGUAAGCAAGCUAAAAGCUACCCAGCUAGCAACAGCAAAAAGAAAGGUGGUACGUCAUGGUUUUAAACCAGAGUUUAUAGCCAGACGAAAUGAUUAUUCACAAAAUUUGUGUUAACUUUUGCAAGCCUGGCUAUAUAGCUCAAUGAAGAUGACCUAGCUGAAGGCGAGUGUACUCCAACUGAACAGUUCAUUCCUCGCUGCCUGCUCUCCCCCUUCUGCUGUGAGUGGCCAUUUGCUUAACGUAGUUGUAACGUUGCCUCCAAGUGGUCAGUCAAAGUUGGCGAGGUUGAGAAUAGUAUUGUAUCGGGUCUAGCUCUUGUAUUUUAGAUGUCUGGUAUAAUUUAGACCAGUGUUUCUCCACCCUGGUCCUGGGGGCCCACUGUCCGGCACAUUGUAGUGCUUUUCCUGCUUUAACACAGCCACUUUAACCCAAUAAUGGGCCGUUAAUGAAUUGAUUAGUUGGAUCAGGUGUUGGGCCUCUAGGACCAGGGUUGAGAAACGCUGGUUUAGACUGCAGGGCUUUGGCUGAAUAGGCUAUUGUUGUUAAUGGGAGUUUGACAAUAACAAAUAAAUGUGAGUAGCAAGUGCUAACUGGUCCCUAUAACUUUCUCUCCUUGUAGCCUUAUUUGGCUUCUCUGAAUGAUAUUUUUUGCAACAAUUAAUGCAUUUAGGCCAAUAUAACCAAACACUGUCCACUUUCAUGCCAAAAUUUGUAGCAUGUGCCAAACAGUUUUCCAAAAGAUGCUUGAAUCUUAUGUGCCUUUAUGCAUUUCCGUGUUUUCAUAAUUAGUUACACGACAGUAAAUAAGCAUUCAGUAAAGAAAUCGGCCAAAAGAAGAUGUUGCUGAAAUCUGAAACCCUGUGUGCAUUUGUAGCUGUAAAUGGAUAUUUGUCUUUUCUGUCAUUUCUGUGUCUGUGAAUGUGAACUUCUGAAGCACUACUGUUUGUUAGACGCACACUAUAUUGCUUAUUUUUGAAUAAACAAACUUUUCUACCAUGA